GAGUAUCCACCGACUUCCGAUUUACAGUAGGCUACUUAGCCUAUUGUUGACUCGACGCUGGUUGAGUGAUUGUAUGGUGCUCAGAUCACGUCUAAAUCAGGAUUACAUGUUCACGCCGAAAUCGCUAUCAUUCUAUGGCAGACUGGGUCGACAACAGUUUGUUUUCUUUUCAGUUUGUUUUGCUUCUGAAACAAUUUCAUUUCCUUUAGCAGCAACUAUUUCACCUGCCGCCACAGGGGACUUGUUCGACUUGGAAUUCGAUCGGCUUAAUUCCGGUAGGGACCCCUGUCUCGUUUGCUUGCAUUGUAUGUCAGUCCAGCGAAGACAGUCGUAACGCCACGACCAUUCUACAAUAGCAUACAGGAGGCGCACAUACAUAAAGGCAUUACGCUAUUGUCAGGCCGUGGAUUUCGCACUGCCUUUGUUCUUUUUCUGUGCACGGUGACAUAUUCUGUUAAAAUUUAGGAUAAUGCGAUCGGCUACUUGCUGGAUAUGUUCACUGUCUUUCAAGGAAUUUGUUUUACUAGUUAUAUGCGUUUUAAGCAUAUUACUAUGUUCCCAAUGUUAUGCGAACAGCGAAGAAGACGAGCAAUACCACGAUCCAUGUAAAGCAGCUGGAUUUAUUGGUGAUAUAGCACUGUCAGAAGAAGAGUAUCAAGACCAGUUAAACUAUUAUUUAGAAGAAAAAAAUUAUGUAGAGGAGUUAGAGAGGAUAGAAAAAGAGGAAAAUGAAGCUAGAGGGAAUGGCACUAUAUCACCAGAAACAGUACUUAGUAGGCCGAGCCCACCGAACUCACGAAAAAGACGUGCGGUUACAGCUAGACAGGAUAGGAGAUGGCCCCAUGCAGUUAUUCCAUACAUGAUUGAUGGAAACUUUACAGGUUCACAAAGAGCAAUGUUUAAACAGGCAAUGCGGCACUGGGAAAAUUUCACAUGUAUAACAUUUGUUGAGAGAAAUGUACGCGAGCAUCAGCAUUAUAUAUAUUUUACUUAUAAACCUUGUGGAUGUUGUUCAUUUGUUGGCCGACGAGGUAAUGGCAUCCAAGCGUUAUCCAUUGGAAAGAAUUGUGAUAAAUUUGGAGUGGUUGUUCAUGAGCUAGGACAUGUUGUUGGUUUUUGGCACGAGCACACCAGGCCGGACCGCGAUAAUCACGUAACUAUCAUGAAACAACACAUCAUGCCAGGACAAGAAUACAAUUUUCAUAAGCUGUCGGCGGAGGAAGUGGAUAGUUUGAGCGAGCCGUAUGACUACCACAGCAUCAUGCACUACGCGCGCAAUACUUUCUCACGUGGAAUAUGGCUCGAUACUAUUCUUCCACGCAAAGACCCUGAUGGAGGAGAAAGGCCAGAAAUUGGUCAACGCAAGCAGCUUAGCCCAGGAGACAUUACACAGGCUAACAAGCUUUACAACUGCCCACACUGUGGCCGAACCUUACAGGAGACGUCGGGUAACUUUUCAUCUCCCAACUGGCCAGAGGCAAACGACAAUGAGUACUGUGAAUGGCGGAUAUCCGUCACCCCUGGCGAGCUCAUUAGACUCACCUUUACUGGCUUUGAUAUUAUCCAGACCAACGACUGCUGGCAUGAUUAUGUCGAAGUACGCGAUGGUCAUUGGCGCUAUUCAGAUCUGCUUGGUCGUUUUUGUGGCUCACGUCUUCCUGCUCCUCUGAUUUCAACCAGCAGUCGACUGUGGAUAAAAGUUCGCACAGAGCACUACUACAGUCGCGGAUUCUCUGCCAGCUAUGAAGCCAUCUGUGGUGGAAGUAUCAUUGGCAAGGCUAGUGGCAACCUUCAAAGUCCUAACUAUCCAGAUGAUUACAGACCAAACAAGGAAUGCAUCUGGAAGAUCAAGAUGCCAGAGGAUGAGCAAGUUGGUCUUCGCUUCCAGUCUUUUGAGGUUGAGCGCCAUGACAACUGUAUCUAUGACUACGUUGAAGUGUAUGAUGGGCAUGACGAGACAGCAGAAAGUAUUGGUCUAUAUUGCGGCUACAGCAUACCGAAUGACAUCAAAUCCACCAGCAAUAAGUUGAUGGUGAUAUUUAAGUCUGAUGGAUCUGUAAACAAAGCCGGCUUUUCAGCCAUGUACUUUUCUGAGGUAGAUGAGUGUGAACAGGCUGAUAAGGGAGGAUGUCAACAACUGUGCAUCAAUUCUGUUGGCAGUUAUACAUGUGAAUGCAGGCCAGGAUAUGAACUGAAAAGUGACGGCAAAGGCUGUGAAGUUGCUUGCGGUGGAUUCUUAACCAGUCUUGAAGGUAACAUCACAACACCUUCGUAUCCAGAGAACUACCCACGGGAGAAGAAUUGUGUUUGGCAAAUAGUCGCGCCAGCAAACCAUCGCAUCUCACUUGAAUUCAACACCUUUGACCUGGAAGGAAAUGAGCAAUGUAAAUAUGAUUUCACAGAGGUUCGGAGUGGUUUACAAGGUGGUACACUGCAUGGCAGGUACUGUGGAGACAAGAAACCAAACACAAUUACAUCACGGCACAACAACAUGCGCAUCGAAUUCCAUUCUGAUAGCACCGUCUCAAAGCAAGGAUUCUUUGCAACAUUCUUUGCAGAUAUUGAUGAGUGUGAGCAGAAUAAUGGUGGCUGUCAACACGUAUGUACUAACACACUUGGUAGUUAUACGUGCUCAUGUAGAAAUGGAUUCACUCUUCAUCAGAAUGACAGAGAUUGUAAAGAGUCUGGAUGCCGGCAUGAAAUUGACGCCUACGAAGGCGAAAUAACCUCUCCAAAUUGGCCAGAUAACUAUCCAAAGAGGAAGGACUGUAAUUGGCACAUCACAGUGACUGCUGGCCACAAGGCUAGACUUUCUUUUAAGGAAUUUGAUGUGGAGACGCAUCAGGAAUGCGCUUACGACUACGUGUUGCUGUACGAUGGCAACUCUUCCUCUGGUCAGAUGCUAAGACGCCUCUGUGGCACCCAGAUCCCUGAUCCAGUGCUAGCUAGUGGUAACAAUAUAUUUGUAAGAUUCUUCUCAGAUGGUUCUGUGACAAGAAAGGGGUUCAAGGCAGAGAUUGAUACAGUUUGUGGUGGUGUACUGGAGGCAACGUUCACACCUCAGAAUUUAUAUUCACAUGCAGAGCAUGGAGAUAGCGUAUACAGUGCGCAGGAGGACUGUUCAUGGACGAUCAUAGCACCAGAUGAGGGUGGCCUCCGUGUGCGCCUUCUAUUUCUGACACUUGAUAUUGAGCAUGAAACAGAAUGUGAUUAUGAUUACGUGGAGGUGUUUGACGGUGAUGAUUAUGCAGCCACUAAGAUCGGUCGUUAUUGUGGGCACAGGGUACCGAAUGAUGUUGUAUCAACGCAUAACACGCUUCAUAUAGUUUUUCGUAGCGAUGAUACUAUACAGCGUAAGGGCUUCUCAGCAGAAUAUGAGAUCGUAACGUAAAGAACAAGAUCCCAAUCAAUUGUUAUUGUUGUCACUAAUUGUUUUAAACUUAUUUUAUAUUCCUUUAUGGAAAAUGCAAUUAUAAUCCUGACACCCUGGAUUCUUAAAAUCAAGUAGAUGGAUGAACAUGAUCUGAGAAUAAGAAGUCUUGGAGGAAAGAGGCCAUAGAAAAAAUAAGUUAUAGUAAAGAAUAUAAUUAUUAUUUUCAUGAGGACAAUCUUAAUGCAGAAGCUAACCUUUUAUUCUCAAAAUAUGACACGAGGUCAAAAGUUACUCCAAACAGUCAGCAUUUUUCAGUCUUUAUACUACAAACUAUUUUCCUAGAGAAAUAUUUAUCUUACCUUAAUCAAUUUGCAAGUGAAAUAAAUAAUUGAUACAUGUAUCAUUUGAAUUUAUUUCUUGAAAUUAUUCUGAUAAAAAUUGGGUUUUUAGUAACAUACAUUUAUGAAGGAUGCAAGUAACUCUGUGAAAAGAUUUACAUCUCUCAACCAUAAUAGCAGCAACAAACAAUAGUAAUGAUAAUAAUAAUUGAGAACUUAUACAAUCAUGUACUCACUACAACAGAUAGCAUCAUCAACAUCAACAACUGCAUCCUUGGGAUUUUAAACUGUUUCAGUUUGUGAGCCAUUUACAUAUUCCGCAUUUAAAGGCUACCCUUUGAGUUAAAUUGCAUAGCUGGAAACCAUAUUUGGAGUUGGCCUAAAAAAAACAAAAAACCAGAAGGAUCCCACCCACCUAGCCUGGAUCCCACCCACCUAGCCUGGAUCCCACCCACCUAGCCUGGAUCCCACCCACCUAGCCUGGGCCGUAUUUCUACAGUGCAUGAUCUACAUUCUUUUAAGGUGUGCCAUCUGUCGUUAGCUAAAUAAACUGAAAAAUUCUUUUCAGAUUGUUUAGUUGAAUUUAAUAAUGUAUUGAUUCUUCUAAAUGAACUAUUGAAGGUUUUAAUUGAAUUUUUGAGGGUUUUUUCGAUUUUUGACGGACAGUGUAUCUAUUGUACUCUGAUCAGAGGUGGUGCCGGAUUUGCCUGAGGGAGGGUGGGGGAGUCAGAAGUCCCCACUAGGUGGAGGGGGAGAUGUCCCUGACAAGAGUAAAGUGGCUGUGGCUAGGCAUCGCUGAAUCCCUCGAAAGUGGUAAAGUGUGUGAAACCCCAAAAAAUAUGACAAUUUAGGCAUUUUAAAGACAUAUUAAAUCAAAUUCAGGUCUCAUAUUUAGAAAAUACAUAUAAAUAUUGCAGAUAUUUUUACAAGCUAUUUUUCAUGUCCCUAAUUUUGGUUUAGACUCUGAUAUUUGAGACAGGCAACUACAUUGAUAUUAUCAUUGCCAUAAUAAUAAUAAUAAUAUCAUCAUCAAAUACAUUAAAAUAUAUCACAUUUUUUCCCAUUUAUGAAAUUAUUUUAAAGUAGAAAUACAAUUUUAUGAAUCUAAAAUUUAUUUUGUAGAAAAAUCUUUUAUGAAAGUGGUUGUGAAAAAACUGGUAAAAAGCAAUCAGGAAAUCUUGUGUAUACCUCUUGGAAAGUGCUUUAAUCACCUGUAAAUGUAUAGUGUUUUAAAAGUAAUUUUGAGCUAUUGAAAAUGUGACUAAUAAUUUUAUUGAACAUGUUACUAUAUUUUCAUCUCCUAUCUACCUUCAUAAUUUGUACAAAAUUAAUAGAAAACUCUUUCUGAGUGUUAGUGUGUAGUUGAAGUCAUUAAUUAUUUAAAAUCUACAAAUUAACAUAAUUGAGGCCAGAUGAAUCUUGCCAAAUGUAUCUUGAAUGCGCAAUGCAGAAUUGUCACAUCUGUUUCUGUAGAUACUAAAGGUUAGAGGAAGUAUAUUUCUAGUAAGCAUAUCUUUUCAUUAUAUAUUGAUAAUAAUUAUUUUAACAAGUGCACAAUUGGGCAUCCAAUGUGACAUAUCAAUAAUAAUAAUAUCCCUCUAAAUAAUGGCUCGUCCAAUUUAAGACCACUUUUUCGCAACUAUGGAAGAAGACCUAUAUUUAAACUUUAUGAUAAUCCCUGGUCCCAAAAGUGGUCUUUCAUUGGAGGAAGACCUGUAAUAACACUUAUAAAUUCUCUUAUUUGUUAUUUUAGGUCUAUAAUGGUUUUAUAUCAAUUCAAAGUAAUUGUUUUUACUGCCUGUUUGUUUAAGAAAAAUAUACUGUAGAAACAAAAAAUACCUCUUUUAAUCAAAGUUUAUAUCAGACUUUUAAACAUCUUAACAUUAGUUAAGAAGCGUAUUUUGCUAAAGUUAAGGCCAUAAAGUUAACCAUUUUAAAUGAUUUUCUGGUUCCUUUUCAGACAAAAUCAUACAAUUUUCUCCAGAUUAACUAUUUAGGCAUGUCCAACAUGUUGAUGUGUUAAUGAAGAUUUAUUUUUGUAAAGUCAAAUCUGGUUUCUAUGGUAAUCUAUCAUAUAUUAAAUAUUGUACUCUAAUAGGAAA